CGUGCUUUCUGCUUGUAGUCGACCGUGUUGCUAUGUAGUUAGUAGUUCGCCUGGCAGUCGAAGUGACGCUGUGGACUCACUCAGUCACUGGUUUCGUAUUCGGAUUACGGAUAACGUCAACAAUUUUUUUCGUAACUUAUUCAUAUAAUUAGUUCUUGUUAUUGUUAGUGACGAGUUGGUGAUAUACUGCAAGUGUCUUUCUUCCAAGGUGUGACUGCCGUUUCGACCUAUUGCCAAAUAUUUCGUAAACGCGUUUAUUUAAUGAUUGUUGUUGCAAAGGUGAGGUGAUCGUUGCAAAUAAUAUUAUCGUUGUGAUCUACAAGAACCUAAAGGAUUUCUUCCGUUUUGUGAUUAUCGUGUGUGAUUCGUGAUACAGAAUAGGAAAACCAAAAAUGCAAAACGUGCAAGAUUAUCACGCGAUAAGUUCCAGAUUGUCGGUAAUGGGAAAGAGUUUGGAUGCCGCAAGUACUUCCGGUGGUGGUAGUGGUGAUAUUGUUAAAAAGUUACGUACCGGAACCGUUUCCCAAGCCCAAAGCUCCACGGACGCCGCGGAAUGUCGCGUGUCGCGAGUUACUAGUAGCAAUGAUAGUAAAGCGCAGCAGACUUAUUUGACUCAAAGUAGUGGUGAUAAACAUUUUCAGGCAUCGAUCGUUGCAGACAAAUAUGUGCUUCUCGAUCAAGUCGAAGGAAGUUCGCUCUAUCGAUGCGUCGAUAUCAAUACUCAGAAUGAGCUGGUGUGCAAGGUUGUGUCUAGAGAUUGCCAUUCGUUAGUGUCGGCUCAUUAUCGGUUAGAUUCGCACCCGAGGGUGUCAUCUCUCCACGAAGUGUUGGUAGGUAGUCGUUACCUAUACCUAGUGUUCCCUGAAGCUCACGGAGACCUGCACUCUUACGUCAGGUCCCGGAGGAGACUUCGGGAAUCGGAGGCGAGAAAAUUGUUCAGGCAAAUCGCCGAAGCCGUUCAGGCCUGUCAUCGGAAUGGAAUUGUUCUAAGGGAUCUUAAGCUUCGGAAGUUUGUUUUUGCUGAUGCUCAAAGGUAG